UCGAACGCCGGGCCACCGAUGCCCCCGGCGGGGAACCACUCCUGAGAUGAGUUUCCGGCCUCUGCGGUCUCCCCCGGCAGGACGGGAGCCAGCGGCUGGGCCGGCUCGGGGACACAGACCGGGAGACUGCGUGGGCCGCAGCAAGUAAUUUCGUCGCCGCCAAGGCCAAAAGAGCUUUUCGCAGGCUUACUGCAUGGCGUCUUCCCUGACCACCACAGCCCUGCCGCUCGGGUAAGCUCUGAGGAAAAGCAUCACCAGUCAGGGAGCUAAACCGGGGCUGGGCACGCCAGCGCCGGGAGCCCAGCAGCCUCGGCGGCUCUUACUUUCAUUCUCAAGCCACCGGAGCUGGUUUCACUGCCGCCAGCCACGGGGUGGGACCGGGACCCGGACCCGCCCGCCGGGAACAAGCGGCUGCUCCGAGCCCCGCGGCCCGGCCGAACGAGCACCCCGGCCCGGCCUAGCGGGUCCCGCGGCCCGGCCUGGCCCUGGGAGCCCCGCGGCCCCGGGGCGCGAUGGCGGCGCCGCCGAAGCCCUGCCUGCUGCUGCGCUGCGGGGACGCGCGGGAGCAGCACGGCGUGGCCGCCUCCUGCCUGAGGGAGCUGCGCCAUAAGGCUAGCGGCAUUCUGGCUAUCGACAAGGCCCGGGAGCCCAUCACCUUAGUACUGGCAGAAGAUGGCACCAUUGUGGACGAUGAAGAUUACUUUCUGUGUCUGCCACCUAACACCAAGUUUGUGGCACUGGCCAAGAAUGAGAAAUGGUGCAGCAAAAGCUUAGGCAGUGGAACGGCCCAGCUCUCGGAGUCUGUGGAUGAAGUAGACAGUGCUGCAGAAAAGUGGAAGCAGCUGUCCAGGCAACUGAAGAAUGACCUGUCCAACAUCAUCUUGAUGUCUGAAGAAGACCUCCAGGUGCUUAUUGAUGUACCGUGUUCAGAUCUGGCAGAAGAACUUGCCCAAAGUGAAACCAAAACCCAAGUAUUGCAGGACACCCUGCAGCAGGUGCUGGACAGACGAGAAGAAGAACGCCAGUCAAGACAGCUCCUGGAACUCUACCUGGAGGCCUUGAAAAAAGAAGACAGAAUCUUAAGCAAAGUAUCAGAAUCUGAGACUGUACCAAGAAAGGAGAUGGAUGUGGUUGACGCAGGUACCAGCAGUACGGGCACUUCAGCCAAAACGGCGCUCAGUGACCAGAUCCUUGCUGCUCUGAAAGAGAAACCCGCUCCGGAGCUCUGCUUGGACAGUCAGGAUCUAGAGCUGGUCUUGAAAGAAGACACACAAGCCCUGGCCUCGGCUCUGAGAUGGGACAAGCAGAAGGCUGAAGCCCUGCAGCAAGCCUGUGAUCAGGAGCUCUCCAAGCGUCUACAGCAAGUGCAGACUUUGCAUUCCCUAAGGAGCACGUCAAAGGGCAAGAAAACGCUACCCUGGGGAGACUGGCCUAGUUCAAAACGCAAAAAAUAAGUCCUACUCGCAAUUUUACUUGUUUUGUUUUGGGGUGGGCUUUUGGUUGGUUGGUUUGGUUUUGGGUUGUUUUUUUUUUUUGCAUUAGAAUCAAUACAAGCAAGAUGUAUCCUGGGAGCCAUAGUUUGCUGGUCAUACUGUGGUCUGGCUAUAGACAGCUAGAAUCUGGACAUUGUCCUGAGGGUUAAACUCCUGUGAUGAUUCAAACUGUGUGUAACCAAAGGGAUUUUGACUUUUUGCAGAAUACUGAACAAUGGAAUUGCUAAACACAGCAUGUAGGGGUUCAGCUUUGAAUACCUGGUUGGGAGCCAGAAGCUUCUGAAGCCCCAGGCAGUUUGCUUACUUUGUCCUCCCACCAUUCCCAGUGUAAAGGGUGGAAGACCUCGUGGAAGACAGUGAGGCACAGUUGAUGAACAGAAAGGAGGCGCUUGGAGGGUUGCUCACUGAACACAGGGUGCUCAUUCUUCAGUAGGGUUUGUUGUGAUUUGGCCUAGUUAAGCUGUCAUUGUGCAGUUGCUCCAGCUGCUGCCUGGCUUUAGCUCGAGCCUGGGAUCUGGGAUCUUGAAUUCUCAUGCUGAUUUAAUCAGUUAAAUUCCAAGUCCUUUAACUUCUGUGCUUUUUCUGUAAGGAACUUCCUGGGUUCAGUUUAAGUACUAACCUGUAAAGCACAGCAAAGGUAGAAAUACUUGCUUUGUAAGGCUGUGGGGCAGAAGACUUGUAUUUGGCCUGUCUGUAUUACUGAUCUAAUCAUUAAUAUAGUAUCAUGAUGCUUUUGUACUAACUGGCUUAUUUUUGAAUUUGUUAAAGCCUUUAAUUAUUUUUUUUUUCAAUUCCCACCAGCUGCUCUGAUUAAAGAAUGUGCUGAUAAGUACAGUAUUACCUUAAGGGUAGAGGAAGAAGAAAUUAAAUACGUAAAUGCUCCAUAUUUAACCUGUCUAACCAUUCUACCUUAAGAAUUAAGUAUUUAGGUAGAAUGCAUGCUCAUUCUGGUGACACUGCACCGGAACGCUCUCACCUGGCACAAUCUGUUCUUCUCUUGUGAGGACAGAAGACAUACAUGAAAAAAUCUGAAAAGUGAGCUGAAAUUUCCGAGAAGGUUUUAGUAGGUACAAAUGUUUUCUAGUAUCAUGCGAACCCCCCUGAUUUAACAUGACCUUAAAUGCUGCAGGAUGCCAAGUGAUGAGUAUUCCUGCAGCAGGCAUUCAGAUGAACCCGUCGUAUGCAGAUAUUCCAGUUGAAUUAUGGCACACUCAAAGUUAUACUGCCAGUGUAACUAAUAAAUAUUCUAAACAGUUUAGUGGCUUUGACCAGGGAAGCAAAAAUACUUGGGGUACCUUCAGGUGAGGCUACCCGUAUGGGAAUUGACUGGACUUAGUGGGGAAGCUUGCAGUCAGCAUUUAGUCAACAUUUUGGUCAGUCAGUUUUGCUAAGGGAAGUAAUUGCUUCUUACAAUACAUACAUCUGGCUUGUAACAUUAUAGGCCGAGGCAGGUAAAAAGGUUUCCUGCUGCUUUAAACAGCUACGAGCUUUUUAUGUUCAAGUCUUUCUGAAAUAGCACUAACAGAAUUUUUGAAGGAUGCUCUAUUGCACUCCAAGCUGACUACACUGGCUACCAAGUGAAAUAGCGUGCACUGAGCAGACUACCUGUCAGCAAGCUUUUUCUGUGAUCUUAAGUCUCAGCUUGUCAUUACCGCUCUCUCCAUUACAAACCAGGUUUUCAGUCUUGCUCAAAGCUGCAAUGCUUUUGCUUUUUCCAAGCUCAACUUGGCAAUGGAAAUUCUGCUCCUCGUGCUGUACCAGAGGAAAGAAGGGUUUUACCUGUGGCUUUUUCACAUCUACUUAAAAUAGCAGAUAGCGUAAUUACUUCAAUCCUGCAUGUAUUGGGAAUAUUUAACUCACCUACUUCCAGGCCAACACUGAGAUGGAGUCAGAGAGAUCAUGCUGAUCAUUCUUGUAGGAAGGCAGCGACAGUCCUUCCAGUCUAGCCUUAAGGAAAAAACAAAUGGAGGGUUUUCAUUGCUGCUUUUUCCUCUUUUCUGUUAUCGAGGCUAGAGGCCUUUAGUUGCCUGUAAAUUAUUAAAUGCUGCAGUUCUCAUGUUGCAGAAUUGAAAUUAUCAACUAGACCUAGCAUGGUAUGAUUUAAACUGUUUCUUUUGUCUUAAUUGUUCUGUUCUAAUCCAACAAUCAGAUUUUCAUAAUCUGAUGGGAGCCAUGGUUAUACUCUAUCCUGAAGCUGAGCUGGCAGUUUAAUAGUAAUAUUAAGUAUUACUUGUAAGAAGAGCCAGUAUCUAAUACUUAACUCUCUUUAAAGCUCUGUUAUAGUCAACAUAUUUCAAAAGCUUCCAUGAAAAAUGAGAAGCAAUUAACUACUAAGAGACUUCAAUGCUGCAUAGCAUCCUGUAAUUUCUAUUUUAAAAUCUUUUUUUUUUUAGUGAUCAAGUUUAUGUAUUGCUCCUUGGAUCUCUUUCAGUAGUGCAAUGAAACAAAGAUGAAAACUGCUAAAACAUCUCCGUUUAAUGAGAUUUUUAAACAUAACAGUACAAUUAUCCAUAUAUAUUGAUGGGGUUUUUUAUUAGUACAGACUUUACAGAUCUUUAGAUCGUUAUAUUCUGCAAGUUGGUGCAUAGCUAGAAUUUCCUGUUGGUGAUAAUGCAGAGCUGCUGCCAGAUCUAAUAUUUCUACAGAAAAUAAUCACAAAGCUUUUCAGGAAACAAUCUUUAGCCAUUGGCCAGCACUUUCUGUACACCAGUAGUGUAUAUGCAUGUGUGUUUGGAGAGGAAGUAACAGGAGAUUUUAGCUGAGGACAACAGACAUCAGAACUAACAAACUUCGAGACAUUCUCCCUGACAUGUUGGGCUUAAUGACCUCAAAAAAAAAAAUCAGGUAGGCUGUGCAAUAAACAUCCACUAGGCCUUCCUCUUGGAAAAUAGCUAUGAUAUCAAAAUGCUUAGUGUUUCUAAAGGCCUAGGAGUCCUGGGAAAUAAAUUUUCUCCUCAAGAAAGGAAUAGGAUAAACAAUAGAAGCAAAUCAGCUAGAACUGCACAUCUUGAUAACCAGACCCCUACAGAAGUCGCUCCUUUAGAGACACAGCAGUGGAUAAGAGCAAAAGAGAACUUGACCAUUUUUUGCUUAUCUUACCCACGCAAGUCAGGAGAAACUGUCCACCUAGAACAUGCUGUGUCAUCUAAUUUAAUCUUAAAUCAGAUUUACAUUUUGUAGACAUGAAGUAUGCUUGAUUCACUUAAGCUUAUUUAAGCUGCAUGACAUUUUAACUAUGCAAAAAUCGGCAUUUCCUUGAUCUUAUUCCUGUAAUAUUUAAGAAGCUUUAAUUUUUGAACACGGUGAGUGACCUGCCCAUGAUUCACAAGGAUGGAUUUUGUGUAAGUGUUCACAGAGGGAGGGAUACACUACAGAAGGUCUAAACCAGCCAGAAGAUGUGUAAAAACCUAGGGUGGCUGCUGUUACGCUUUUUUUUUCCAGGGUAAAAAUUUUAGAAUGUCGAAGCCUUGAGUUUAAGUCUUUAUCAUUAAUACAUUCCCAUAGACAAACCUACCUGAUAACAGAUUCCACCCUGUAAUGGGUUCCUUCUUCAGCAAUAGAUUUGCUGUGAAUGAGUAUCCUCAGUUAAUGGUUUUCAACAGUGCAUUAAUGAUUUCUCCCUUAAAGCACCAAGAAAAACUUUUUCCAUCUCGUGUGGGAUUAGGCUGAUGACCAGGGUACAUUAAAGUACAUAAAGCCUCACGAAAGCAAGUAAUAUAUAAUGGCAUUAAAAAAAAACAACCGGGCAAUAUGAAAACUGAGUACUGUAAGCACUGGUGUGCCAAGAGGACAGAUUUCCUGUUGAUUACAGAAUUGCUAGUUUAUUAUCUCCCUAGCCUACAUCAGUCAGUAGAAUAAUUCCUCUAAAAAGAUAUCUUAUCCCUGAAAGUGGAGCGGUUUGGGAUAGGGGAAAGGGAGGGGAAAGUGUUAUUGUGUAAAAUUUCCAGACAUUCCUAUUUUGUUCUACACUGUAGCACUUGAUUUUAUUUGAUCAAUAUGGGACAGUUACAGCCUAAAAAAGGCAUGUUUUUCCCCCAUCUACUACUGCUUAAUAGUUCAAAUACAGAGCAAGAAUAAAAGGGAGCACAUGUAAGGAGUCCAGAGCAUUACUCUUCUUCCAUUGUGUCAGGUAUAACCAGGUGACUCUAGUCCAGGAAGUGUGCUCUUCUUUCAAGAGAAGGGUUUCAAACAAGGAGCAAGGCUACACCUACAAGUUCUCAAGGGUGAUCAAAAAUAUUCUGUCAUGUGGUACCUUCUUCAUCAUGGGGUGGUAUUAAGGUGUGAGUCUUACUAAAAUGAGAACCUGACGAUUUUAAACUUGGUUUUGGGGAAUUGCUCUAAGCUGGGUCCUUCAGGAAGGAACAAGUGGCUUCCAGGAAGAGCUUGUCUCAUGAAUCAAGUGCUGAGCAAGAGAACCUGUGUUCAAGUCUUUCCUCUCUUGCUGCAUAUUUUAGACUAUCCUUGGCAAGUCUAUUCUUGCUUGAUAAAGUUUGCCCACGCAGUAGCUUAAGCAGCCUUCUUAUUUCACUUGGCUAUAUCUGUCUAAUACCUUAGGUCUUUAAAUCUGCUGCUUUUGAAUCCAGGGCAUUUGGUAAGUCUCUAUGAGUCCAGCAGAGGGCAAUGGCGGUACGUUUCUGACCACCUCUCCAGAGCUGUGCUACUACAGUACAAUUUAGAAAUGUAAUGCAACUUACAGAAAGUUAAGUUGUACACCAGCAGCAUCACAGGUGAAAAAUGACACAAAACAUGUUUUAAUUAUCAAGACAACAAGUGAGAGAUAUAGCUGUUAGAACAAAAACAAACUACUCAGAAUACCUAAGCAAAAGUAUAAAAAAUGGAAGCAAGGAGGAAUUAAAACAAUUCCUGGAGAAAUGAAGUAGCAGCAUGGAGAGAGGUGCACAUUCUGAGGUACUAUGGUCAGUGAGAACAUUCUGCUUUAAACUCUUUAUUUACAAUUUUAAUAACAGUAAGAUACCUUUUUGUGCGUAAUUAAGGCAUUUUGGCUGAAAGCUUUACUGAAUUCUGGCAGAUCUUUCAUUUUUGGAACAAAAAAAUCCAACUAAACAUGUUCACCUAAAAAACUAAAGACUCAUUACUGCUUCCUCUAGGAUAAUAAGAGAAAGUGGCCAGAGACAUUACUUGAAAGGUAAAUCAUGCCACGUCGGAAUCUUCACUUUCAGUCACAGCUGCUUCUUUUUCCCCAGAAGAUCUCCCUCCCUUAACUGCACUGGACUUCUUUUUCUUCUUUUGCUCCAUGUUACUUGCUGUGAUCUCUUCACUCUUCUGGGUGAUAUACUUCAGCUGAGAACAAUUAACUAAUCAGUCACCUACUGAGGACC